AUGUCAAGCACGCCACGCUUACCAAAAUACUCUCAACUCCACGGCAACGAAAGCUACAGUGAGAUCGAGCAGCCACCAAGAUCUGGAACGAUCGAUAAGAUCAGAUAUGCUUUCGGUGCCACCGCCCUCGGCCUAGUUGCCUUUGGCAUCACCCUUGCCCUCUUACUUUCUCUCUCUCUUCUGCUCGUUCUGAUACUGCCUCGCAUGCUCCCAAAUCUGAGCCUCUCAUGCGACGCGUCGUCAUCAUCAUCCCCGGGGCACUCAGGAUCCCUAAAAGCGCCCUCCGGCUACAAAGCCGGCACUGCGCAGCUCUGCGGUAAAUCUCCCGCGGAGGCCGAGGCCGCAGGCUGCGUUUUUGAUCUCAUGACUGUGUCGUGGCUCCCACUCGAGUGCUACGAUGGCGAGCUAACGACUAAAUUCAUGGAGGAAGGACCAUGGAACUUUUAUCUGAGCAACUCAACGCGACCCGAGGCGCUUCCCGAGGAAAGAGUGCAGAUCCCGUCGUUAGAAGCUAUCAGUCGGACGACAGAACUCAUGUGGACGGAUCGCCGGUUCCACGUUUACCAUUGCAUCUACGGUUGGAAGAUGAUGCACCGUGCGAUUGAGCGAGGUUGGAAGAUGGAGAGUUCGUUGGCGACGUAUCAUCAUACGGAGCAUUGCUCAGAUACUUUGGCGAAUACGUCGGUGCCUUUAAAUGCGGUGAUAACGAGGGUUGAGAUUUCGUAUCCUGCGUGUUGA